GGCAUGCUGCGCACCGCGGCCGGCGUGCUGCGGGAGGAGGGCUUCGCCAGCCUCUGGCGAGGGGCCACGCCGGCCGUCUACCGACACAUAGUGUACUCCGGCGUGCGCAUGGUUGCGUACGAACACCUCCGUGAGGCUGUGCUGGGCAGGGCUGAGGAUGGAACCUUUCCUCUCUGGAAAGCUGUAAUUGGAGGCAUGUCUGCGGGUGCCAUCGGGCAGUUUUUCGCCAGCCCGACGGAUCUGGUGAAGGUGCAGAUGCAGAUGGAAGGCAGAAGGAAGCUGGAAGGAAAGCCCUUACGGUUUCGAGGAGUGCACCACGCCUUUCUGAAGAUCCUGUCUGAAGGAGGAAUACGGGGGCUCUGGGCUGGGUGGGUGCCAAAUGUCCAGAGAGCUGCCCUGGUGAACAUGGGAGAUCUGACCACUUACGACUCUGCGAAGCACCUUCUGCUCCUGCACACGCCGCUGGUGGACGACGCUGUGACGCACAGUGCUGCCAGUUGCUGUUCUGGCCUGGUAGCUGCUGUUCUGGGAACUCCUGCUGAUGUGGUCAAAACCCGGAUAAUGAACCAGCCAAGAGAUAAGCAGGGGAGGGGCCUGCUCUACAAGUCUUCCACGGACUGCUUGAUUCAAACCGUGCAGGGUGAAGGGUUUAUGUCUCUCUACAAAGGCUUUAUACCAACCUGGAUGCGAAUGGCUCCUUGGUCACUGGUAUUCUGGCUUACAUAUGAACAAAUUAGAAGGAUCUGUGGAAUCAGCUCUUUUUAA